AUGAAGCCAAAAAGGGAAUUAUGGUUAGCGGAUCAAGUUGGCAUACGUGGUAUAGAAUUGUAUAUUCCAAAAUUAUAUGUAAAUCAGAAGGAUCUUGAAACGUUUGACAGUGUUGAGAAAGGCAAAUAUACCAUUGGGCUUGGACAAGAUGAAAUGAGUUUCUGUGCUGAUCACGAAGAUAUUACGUCUAUUUGUUUAACAGUUGUAUCGAAAUUACUAAAGAAUUAUAAUCUUUCUGCCAAAGAUAUUGGUUUUCUUUGUGUUGGAACGGAAACGUUAACUGAUAAAAGCAAGAGUGUCAAAACUUCACUGAUGAAAUUAUUCGAGGAAAAUUCUGAUAUCGAAGGUGUUGAUGUAAAAAAUGCAUGUUACGGUGGCACUCAAGCAUUAUUUCAUGCAGUUGACUGGAUUUAUGCUAAUUGGGAAUCGGAAAGGCGGUAUGCAAUUGUCGUUAUGGCAGAUAUAGCAGUUUAUGAUGCUGGACCUGCACGAUGUACGGGAGGAGCUGGAGCCUUUGCAGCUUUAGUUGGUCCAAAUGCAGUAUUGUCAUUUGAAAGAGGACUUCGUGCGACGUAUAUGGUUGAUGUUUACGAUUUCUACAAACCAAAUCAACCUAUAUCCUCAGAAUAUCCUGUUGUCGAAGGACAGGCCAGCUUACAGGCUUACCUCACUGCUGUAGAUGAAGUUUAUAAGUUAUUCUGCCAAAAGGCUGAAAAAUUAAAAGAUGAAGUAGUGAAUAUUUCGGAUUUCGAUGCUAUCUUUUUUCAUUGUCCGUUUACUCGUCUUGUUCAAAAGGCCCUUGGUGUAUUGGCGUUUGCUGAUUUCAAGCGUGGAUUAAGCAAUCAUUUGACAGAUACCAUACGGGCUAGACCUUCAUCGUUUUUACUUCAACCUCGUGAAUUAAAUUAUAUGAGUCGUGAUUUUGCUAAAAUGACAACACAAAUAAGUGCAAAAGUUUGGGCUCAGAAGACUGAACCGUUUUUGUUACUUAACCGUCGAAUUGGAAAUACGUAUACAGCAUCACUCUAUUUGCAACUUAUUUCUUUCUUUUAUUGUUCGCCGAUUGAUAACACUUUAGCUGGCAAACGACUUUUAUUUUUCUCAUAUGGUAGCGGAGCAGCUUCAGCAAUGUUUUCUGCUCGAAUAUUAAUACUGGAAAAGGAUGCUAGAGAUCAGUGUACUCAAAUAAAACAGAGCGCAAAUGCAGCUGUAGCAUUGUUGGGAGAACGUUUAUGCGUACAUCCAAAACGUUAUAACGAAAUUUUGGCUCUUAGAGAAAAACUUCUGUCAAGUGCAGCUCCGUACAGGCCGGAAGGUGUGAGAAAUAAUUUGACGGAUGAAUUCAGCCUAUUUCCUAAUACAUAUUAUCUGAUGAAUAUCGGAGACAAAUACAGACGAUAUUAUGCGCAAACAUCCACUUAG